CCUCGACUGAUUUCAUACUCCUUAUCGCGGGGAACAUGUCGCAAAGGUCAAAUGUUUAUACUUUUCAGUUCUUCUAGACAAGAGACGCAAAACAUUACAUAGCUUUUAUCUAAAAAAAAGGAAAAAAAUUAUACCCACAGACAAUGUCUAGUAGUAGAGUAUUCAAAACAAAACCAACGAAAACAAAAGACAGGUACGACUUCCUACAAGACGUGUAAUCGAUUCCUCUAAAUCUACGUUCUUUCCUAUCCCAUACUGAAUAUUAUUAACUCGGAUUCAAUCAAACUGUUUCCCAUGUCUCCAUCUCCAUUACAUAAACAUUCAAGAGCUGGAAACAAUUCUGUGACUUCUUUCGUUCUUUCUUUCUUGAUUGAUAGUUAUGGCUUCUUUGUGUUUGACCCACAUCAGAGGGAGGAAUUCUGUGACUGAGCUUACUCGGCCGAGUUUGAGAACACAACGUGGCAGGAGUAAAGUUGGGUUCUUCAGGUUGGUGGGUUCUCUGGGUCAGGGAGAACCUGAUUUGAGCGUCACUGUAAAUGGGUUGCAAGAGGAAAGAAAUGAAAGAGUCAUGCUAUGUGGAUGUUCUCUUGAUCAUAUAUAUACACAUAUUUUUUCUGGGGGUUGGUCGAGUGAUGAUGGAAGUGGGAUCAUAUCAAUGCUGAUGUUUAAGAUACAGGUGUCACUAGAUGCAGCGAAAGUUGUAAAUGUAACUCCUCGAUAUGCUCAGCUACGAGCAGGUGCAAAUGGCUCAGCCAAGGGGCAAAUUAUUGGUUGGGAGAAUAUAGAACUCGAGUAUGACAAAGCUGCUUGGGAGGAACUCAUUGACCGAGUAGAGCAAACUGGAAUUGAUGCCUUAGAAAUCAAUUUCUCAUGUCCUCAUGGAAUGCCUGAGCGUAAAAUGGGUGCUGCAGUUGGCCAAGAUUGUGCGCUAUUGGAAGAGGUUCGUGGAUGGAUUAAUGCAAAAGCUACAGUCCCAGUAUGGGCAAAGAUGACUCCUAACAUCACUGACAUAAAACAGCCAGCUAGGGUGGCAUUACUAUCCUUAUGCGAGGGAGUGUCUGCUAUUAAUACCAUCAUGAGUGUUAUGGGAAUAAAUCUGAAAACCUUACGGCCAGAGCCUUGUGUUGAAGGAUAUUCAACUCCUGGGGGUUACUCUUCCAAAUCAGUCCAUCCUAUUGCACUAGAGAAAGUAAUGAGUAUUGCUAAAAUGAUGAAAUCAGAAUUUGAUUUGGACCAACACUCACUUUCUGGUAUUGGAGUUGUUGAGACCGGUGGUGAUGCUGCCGAGUUUAUUCUUCUCGGAGCAAAUACAGUUCAGGUCUGCACUGGGGUUAUGAUGCAUGGAUAUGGCCUUGUGAAGAAACUCUGUGAAGAGCUGAAGGAUUUCAUGAAAAUGCACAACUUCUCAUCAAUAGAAGAUUUCAGAGGAGCAUCUCUUGAGUAUUUCACAACGCACAUGGAUUUGGUGCGCCGGCAACAAGAAGCCAUGCAACAGAGGAAAGCUAUCAAGACAGGUUUGCAGUCUGACAAGGAUUGGACUGGAGAUGGUUUUGUUAAGGAGUCGGAGAGCAUGGUUUCCAACUAAUUAAAAAAAAAAAACUGCAGCAGGUCUCUCAGUUGUUUGAUAAAAAUAAAUGGGAUUUACCAGGUUAGCCCAUCGGCCAGAGUGAGUUUAAUAAGUAUGCGUCCAACUGCUGUAAAACAGUUUUUUGACAGGCAGCAAAGAUAGUGAAAGUUGUUCAAUACUACUGUAUAUUUGUUCUCUCUUUACAUGACCAUGUGGAGCAUACAGCAAGGAUUCAUUGUCAAGCAGUAAGGAAAAAUAUAUCAGCACAGAAAAUCUUGAAUCCUAUUGGGCUAAUAAAUCUUCUUGUAUUUUUUUAUACAAGAAGAUUGUGUUCUUCCCCUCCAAUUGAAUGAAUUGGUCUAGCAUUAGCAGCAUUGUUAUGGUUA